CUAUCUGAGAUGACAGCAAGACCAGUGCAAGUGCCUAAUGCCUUAUCAUUCCUAUCGUAUAUGAGGAAUAUUGUCCUGUUCAACACGACGAAAUUUGGGCGGUGAUUCUAACAACACCAAGGAGGGCAUUUGAAUCAACCAGUAACCCUAGGAGUACACCCAUUAGGCCCAAACAUGAGCGAAACUCUGGGCCCUCUGAGGUUCUCCUUCGAGCACGAACAACGCCAAAGUCCGCUAUUCUCACGGCUACCAUCCGAGAUCCGUGAGGAGAUAUUUGCAUUUGUCCUCUCUAGUUACGAUGACACGACUCGAGCAUACCAGAAGGAGACCUAUUGGACUCGCCCAGGUCAUUAUGGUCCGCAGCAUGUCUCGACGGGCCUCCUGAGAACGUGUAAACGAAUCUACACCGAAGCGUGGUUUAUGCCGUUCAUCUUCGCCGAGCAUACUGAAUACCUUACCGCGUCAGACAGAAAGCCGCGAUCAGCUACGUGGAGCGACUGUCUCAAGAUAAUGGACGCUGAUUACGAAAAACUUCAACCACGUUUUAUUCGCAUCUUCGCGCAAAUGUGGGUACUCGAGCCGGGCGAUCGGUUCCAACAGACACUCGAUAUGCCGCAUUUCUAUCCCAAACAGAUCACGCUCACGAUUCGAUAUACCGACUUCUGGUUUUGGGAGGAUGAUGAGCCGCUCCGGAUUGAUUCAACAUGGGUGAACAAAAUUCGUUUCCCGGAAAGCGUCUCACGGUUUUGUAUCGAGUUUGAAUCGAUUGAGCGACGCAAGAAUGAGGUCGACUAUAUCGCCCGCGAAGCCGCAGAGAAGUGGUAUUUCCGUCGGAAAGACGGGUUCCUACUUACCCCCCAUGAGUCCGAGACGCCAGUUUUCAAAUGGACCGGUAGCUCAUGUUUGGGGGGCGAGCGCUGGAUCCGCGAUGAAGUUCGACCAGGGGAACUGGAUUAUUAUGUUAAGACCGUGACAUGGAAGCUGUCGCGAGAGCAUGAAGCACGGCCCGGGUGUCCGAAGCUCCAAGUUCCCUAUACGAUGGAACGGGAGUUGCCCCCAUACCUUACUGGUCCUCCAUGUCUGGAUGUCGAUGAGCUUCGUACAGCUGAGAUACCUAGCAGUUUGCCGGCUGCUGAAGCACAUGAAGCGUUGGAGAAAUAUCGCCAGGUCUAUGAUGUAGAAUACGACUCCUACGAUAAUAACGACGAUUCCGAUUCACGCUAGUCAGGGUGAGGCAGAACAGGGAACUGAGAGCCAGUAGCAGGCCAGUGGUAACAGUUUGAUCAUUGUGGGCAUUUGCGUGCUUGGACCAUCUAGGAUUGAAGAUGUGAGCUGCGUUCCAGUCAGUGACGUAGCCUCCCCUUGCGGUCAGGAUGGAGGACAGGGUGAUGAAGAAGCUGCCGAACGUCAAAAUUAAGGGCCACAAGUAGAGGAAAAAGAUGCAUGAGCUAGGGAGUUAGUGUAAUCGCUGCAUCGCGAUUUACCUCUACGCUAUAGGUUGGAUAGAAUAUAGCUCCAAGCUGUAGGACCUGUUCUGCAAUGGAUUCCGCUGCUUGA